GGAAAAAACCCACUGUAGCCAUGAAUUCCUAUUCCAUUGCCCGAGCCGGAAAAACGAAUAUAAUUUAACAAUAAAAAGACAAAAAAUUAAAUCAACAAGAACAAAACAAAAAGGGAAAGGGAAAAAAUUAUUAAAGAAAGAGUGGAGUCCAAGAGAAGGAAAUCAAGAUCCGGCUGUGAAAACGAGAAAAGAGGAGAAGAGUCCAAUAUAAGCAAUAUAAUCGACUGAGAGGGAUCCAAAUCUCUUCGCCGGCCGAUUCCAGUUGAAUGAGAUCUGCACAUAUUGGAUUAGUUGGCUAGCACCCAUACAUGUGCAUGCUUUGACUAUACUGAUGCAACACCAACACAACAUCAAUAUGUUCCCCAAGAGCAAUCCUUUUUCUCAGAAGUAAGUCAGUAACUAUUAUCAUUAAUUGUUUUUACUAUCAUCAUUAUUUCCAAUGUCAUUGUUUGGAGUUACCCUGCGUAAAACUGCCAACAUUUACACUGCUCUCAGACCUUUAAAAACCGUCAAGUUAAAAAGUACUUGUCCUGCAUGUAAGCUGGUAAUAGAUGAUAUUUUAAUUGGUUUUUCUUGCACCUUUACCUGAUGGUACCUCUCUAGAAUACUGAAGUUAUGAGAACCAUUUAAUCUGACUUGGUCUUUGCAUAUUAAUAUCCAUUAAAGUCAUCUUGCACAUUUCCUAUAUGUUAUACAUUUUUGUGUUUCAAUUUUUAUCUCCAUGCUAUACAAAAGAAAAAGAUUAUUUUAUACAAUUUUCUUUUCUUGCUCUCUCAUAUGAUUUUACUCUUUUUGUGGAGACAAGUUAGGAAAAGAUUAAACUUUGCUUUACGUUUGAGCUUUCUUAAGAUAGUUUUCUGCACCAAGCUGCCUUAGCAAAACAAGUUUCUUACUGUAGCAUAAUUGUGGUUAAAUAAGGUCAAGUUGUCAAUUAUAUUUCAUCCAACACCUGGUGAUUAUAAGAUGAAAUCAAAACAUAAUGGAACCAUACAAAGAGCUCAAAGGCUUAACAAUGUUCGAGGGGAGGGCCCAACUUGGGUUCUUAUUGCUGGUGGUGCCUUGCUAAGCACACUUUCAAUCAGGCUUGGAUGCAAACUGAAGCAGGUCUUUGAGACAAAGCGACAAUAUAAUGCCAUCAAAGAAAAUGGGAAAUCUGCAGUCAAGAGAUCAGGAGCAUACCAGUUGCAUUCAAACUGCUAUUGCUUUACUCAGGAUGAUGACAACUGUUACCAUUGUUGCUCUGGUGGUGGAAUGGAUAUCAAGCUGGAAUCCAUGAGCCCAAUGUUAAAAGAAGCAGAUCUCUCCCUUUCUCUUGUAAAGAGCCCAAUAUGGACAUCGUCAACUGAACGGAUUGAGCUGCCUCAAAAGCCAUUCCACCUCCCAAACAGCUCAGACUCCCCCUGCAUCUCAGAAUCUGGUUCUGACAUUUAUACCAAAAGAGAAGUGAUUCACAAAUUACGGCAACAGCUUAAGAGACGGGACGAAAUGAUAAUGGAGAUGCAGGCCCAGAUCACGGACCUUCAGAAUUCUGUAAGCACUCAAAUGGCCCAAUUGGUCCAUCUUCAGUCCCAGCUAGAUUCUGCGAACAGGCAGUUGUUUGACUCCGAGAGAGAGAUCCAACGAUUGAGAAAGGUUAUAGCUGAUAAUUGUGUGGCAGGGGUAGACUCCCCUGAAAAGCCUGUGACCACCAAAAGUUGGCAUCCAGAAGCUGUAGAUGGGCAGGGAAAUGGUUACCCUGAUAGUAUGGAUGAUUCAGAGUUGCACUAUAUUGGAUCAGAGAAGGUGAGAGGAGGUGGAGAGAGGGUGUUAGAAAGGGGAGUGGGAGAGCUGAAAGAACUGACUGAGGGGAAGGAUUUCUUGCUUCAGAGCUGCAAGGAGCAGAAGAUGGAGCUUUGCUCCAAGAUCAAGGAGUUGCAGCUAAAAUUUGCAUCACAAUUACCUAAUAUUUUGUAGUACCUUAGAUUUGUUUCUCUUCUUGUUAAGGUUUUGGUGUCUCACAGUGAGAGCUGCUGUCAUCUUCACCUUUUCUUAUCAUUUUAUGCUUGUAUAGGCUUUUGGCACGUGGCUUGGAUUAUUUCUCUCCAUUUGUGUGAAAUUUUUGCAGGAGAGAUCUAAAUAUGAUUUGAGAAAUUUGAAUGCAAACACGAGAAAUCGAAAUGAUGCACGAGGUCAUAUCGGCAUUCUCUCUUUUUAAGUUGGAAA